UCGCUACUAACUUAUAUUCACUAAAACAGUGAACGGUGAUCACUGCAGCUGGCUGUGCUGUUAUCAAACUUAACGUUUAUUUAGUUCUUUGAAUACGUGAAAAAUAACAAUGUGGUUUUUGUAUCGCUGAAACGUUAUAUAACGUUCAAUUUUAAACAACGUCAAAAAUGUUCAAUGUUUAUAAGUUAUUCUCAUGGAUAGUUUUAUCGUUUUUGUUAUCUUAUUGUGAUUUUGUGAAAUGUGAUACUACAAAUCUGACAUGUUAUCAAUGUGAACGCAAUACAAAUGUUGAAUGUGGUGAAGAAUCUUUGUUGCCAUGUCCACCGGUAUCAGACCGAUGUGUCACACAUAUUGCCAAAAAUGCUCAAAAUGGUUUUACAUUAAAACGUGAAUGUGGUCUAGGCCCAUGCGGUUUUGACGAUGAUGCCAUGAACAAAGGUUUAGGCCUUGACGGAUGUGAUCGAAGUCGUGAUGAAUAUUUUUGUAUAUUUUGUUGUCGUGGUAAUGGUUGUAAUAAAAGUGUUGGAUCUCGUUUAUUAGUUCAACAAUCAUUUUUAUUGGUUUUUAGUGUUUUAAGUAGUACGUUGUUUUUUUAUAAAUAUGUUACAUGCCAAUGAAUAAUAUUAAUGUUAAGUAAUUGAGUAUGAGUUAUGUAAGGUAAAUAAAGCUUUCGGUAGUGUACACAGAAAAUUUUUGUGACGUAUACAUUUACCUUCUGAACCGAUAGAACCGAAUUUUUGAAGUAAAACUUCCUUAGGCAGGUUUGACUUAGGGAGUAAACUGGAGAAUGUAUGAUCAGAAUGUUAUGAAUGUUGUGUGAUCAAGCUUAUUACGAAAAGUGUGAUCAAUUUGAGAGGGAGAUAUAAGUUAGUGAAGAUAGAAAGAGAGAGAAUUGUGUUUCAACAAUAUUACAACAUCAAUGUCAUAUUAUAAGUAUAUAAAAUAUUAUACAUUAACACAGAGACCCAGUAGCUUAGUGGCAGAACACUGGGCUCCGAUAUCGGAGGCUAGUAGAUGAGCUAGUUUUUGUUUUUAUUACUUAAUAAUCCGAUAAAUAAUAUUUAUUCUAUUUGCAACAUGUAUUUACACCAAAAGAUGGAGGUAAAGAAGUUUUACUUCAGCCUUAUGAUCUAAAGCUAAUUGACAAUUUUUUAUAAUUAUUUUUGCUUAUUCAGCAUUAUGACCCUAUGAUUGAUUGAUCAUGCUCUGUAAGAAAUAAUUUGGAUAUAUAGGAUAUUUCAGGAUACUGCAAUAUAAAGUUGUAGUUACAAAAUGAUAUGAUGUACAAUGGCGUAAGAAGCUUUAUUUACCAAACUGUUAUAAAUACCACAUACCUACAUUGGGUAAUGUCAACUAAAACAAAUAGAAUAACAAUUAUGUACAUAAAAAUUUAUGCUAGAAAACUUAAAGGGUAAAUACUCCACUGAAAUUAGAAUUUUGAUACGAUUUAAUUCAUACAAAAGGUAUAAAUGUAUAUUUUGCCGUUCUGCAAAGCUCACUACAAUAAGGUGCACGCAUAACAAUUGGCAAACAAAUCGAAACAUUUGUACAACUAACUCGCCGUUUACGAAUAAUAUCUCACAUCUUAGAAACACAUUCCAUCAUAAUUUAGCAAACAGUGAGCAGUUUGUUUGAAUUUUCGUUAGUCUGUUACAUCUUUGUCUGCGUACAAUAGUUCAACUUUGAUAGUUUAAUAUAAUUCACCAAAGUGAUCAAACUUUUCUCAGCAUAAUUUUAUGAAUAUUUAUAUUAAAUGUUGA